AUGAUGAGGUCCUGGAGGGCGUAUACAGCGGUCAUCACCUGCGCCGUGGCAGGGCUUACUCUGUUGCGGCAAUACUCCCUUACUUCACCCGCUACUUCACCGGUAUUCCCUAUGUCUUCUCUCAAUCUUGAUAUCCCGCUGAAUGACAACAAUACGAUCCCUUGGUUAGCCUUUGGGACCGGGACCGCCUUGAACGGCAGAGAUGCUGAGGAGCUUGUCGCCCUUGCCAUCUCCAACGGUAUCCUCCACCUAGAUGGUGCCCAGUCUUACCGCAACGAGGAGUCCCUCGGGGCUGGCCUCGCUGUUUCAGGCAAGCCCCGCUCUUCGCUCUUUCUAGACUAUGUCGAUCUCUUUCUUGUCCACUCGCCUAAAAACCAUGAGGGUGAGUUAAAUUCGGUGUGGAAACAAGUCGAGGAACUGCAGAAGGAGGGACUAGCAAAGAGCAUUGGAGUCUCCAAUUUUCGCGUGCAAGACUUUGAAGAGAUCUCGAAGGGUGCUAGCGUUGUUCCUGCAGUUAAUCAGAUUGAAUAUCACCCUUAUGUGCUCAAGGCAGACCAGCCUGUUAUCGAGUACAUGAAGAAGCAGAACAUUCUUCCGACCUCGUUCGGAGGACUAUCACCUAUCACGCGCGUGAAGGAUGGACAGCUGGAUCCAGUAUUGAAGCCUAUCCGCGCAAGAGUUGAGCUGACGGCAAGAGAGACGGCCACCGAUGGACAAGUAUUGCAGUUGUGGUUACGAGCUAAGGGAAUACCCGCAAUCACAACAAGCACGAAGGAGGAGCGAAUCAAGGAGUAUUGGGCCGUUCAGACCUUGCCUAGGCUCACGACUGAAGAAGUGGAUGCGAUAGACGAAGCGGGUUCGAAAGCUCAUCACCGUUUCUUUUCUACGUGGUGGGACGAUUAA